UUUUAAUUUUUUAAUAUAAUUUUUUGACUUUUGUCAUAAAAUGGUUCACGAAAAAUGUAGAAUAUGCUUAGAGACUAACAAAUUAUUAAUAAAUUUAUUUGAUGGCUCAGAUGCAAUAAGACUCUCUUCUAAAAUUAUGAAUCUGACAAAUGUUCAAAUAUAUCACGACGACGGUCUUCCAAAUUCAAUAUGUAUAAGGUGUAACAAAAAAUUAGAUGAAUGUAUCGAAUUUAUAAAUCUUUGCAAAAAAUCUGAUAAAGAUUUGAGAAGCAAAACUAAUAAUAUAAGAGAUGAAGAAAACAGUACAAUAUUUGAAGACAAUGCUGAUGAAUGUAAAUUUAACCCUAAAAAUGAUAAUAAUGAUAGUGGAUUGGCAGAUGCUGAUGGUAUUCAAGAAAAAGAUAAAACAUCAAAAGAGGAGUAUAGCAGCAAUCUAUAUGCUAUAAAACGGCUCUCUCAAAAACAGCAGUGUUUUACUUGUGGCAAAGUUAUGUCAUCUAGAUUUCGACUCCAAACUCAUUUAGCAACACACCUAAAGGAAAAGCAACAUUCAUGUACCUAUUGCAAGAAAAGGUUUACAAUAGUAGAAAAUCUGAAUGCACAUUUAAGAAUUCAUACGGUAAAUGGUGAAAAACCAUAUCGCUGUGCCACUUGUGGAAAAACAUUUGCACAAUCUUCAGGAUUAAUUGUACACAAACGUAAACAUACUGGCCAAAUGCCAUACCAGUGUGUAUUGUGUCCACGUAGCUUUCAAACAAUAGGAAACUUUAAAUAUCAUGUCAGGGUGCACACUGGAGAAAGAAAUUAUGAUUGUAGCACUUGUGGUCGCGCCUUUAUCACCAGCGGAGACUUGAAACAACAUAAAGCAACACAUAGCGGAGAAAAACCACAUAUUUGUAGUAUUUGUGGUAUAAGAUUUUCGCGUGCUUCCAACCUAAAACGUCAUGUGAGCUAUUUGCACAAUGAAGAGAAAUCUGAGAAAUCUUUUAUAUGUCAACAUUGUUCCUUGAAAUUCCUACGAAAAAUUGAUCUCACCAAACAUGAAUUAUAUUGUCAAGUAAAUAAAACAAUAUUAUGAACC